AUGAGUAUUUAUUGUGCCUCGUUGUUGGUGAUGGCCGGAGCCAACGGGGAAACACUGCAAGAGAUGCAGCAGGUGCUUCACAUUCCCCCGAAGCUCAGAUCCGAUGCUGUUCAUCAGUCCUAUGGACCAAUAAUUUCGAAGUAUUUCGAGGCGUCCAGUGACGUGGACUUGAACCUUGCUAAUCGGUUAUUUCUUCUCAGUUCGAUCGAUAUUCGACCGGAAUACAGUGCUCUAGUUGCCAAGUGUUACAAGGCCUUAGUUGAGCUGGCAAUCAUUUUCCCUUAA